AGCACACCGUCACCGUGGACUCGCCGGUAACAUCAUACCUUGUCUGCUCCUCACCUUCAAGUUUCAACUGAAAAUUAAAAAUAAUUAAUUUGAAAACACAAAAUUGCCAAUUUAUUGAUCAUUUGCUAUCCAUAGCUCGAAUUCUCUAUGGUUUUUUGAGACCAAAAUAAAGAGGAAUUCGGAUCGCCCUCUGAAUCUCGAGGAGCCGCUGAGAUAGAGAGGGAUGGCUAUACUCUACGCGGUGGUCGCUCGGGGAACGGUGGUGCUGGCGGAGUUCAGCGCUGUUACGGGUAACACGGGUGCGGUAGCGAGGCGGAUCCUCGAGAAGCUUCCGUCGGAAGCCGAUUCCAGGCUCUGCUUCUCCCAGGACACCUACAUCUUCCACAUACUUAAAUCCGAUGGCCUCACCUUCCUCUGUAUGGCCAACAACACCUUCGGCAGGAGGAUCCCUUUUUCUUACUUGGAGGAUAUUCAAAUGAGGUUCAUGAAAAACUAUGGCAGAGUGGCCAACUAUGCACCGGCUUAUGCAAUGAACGACGACUUUUCCAGAGUCUUGCAUCAGCAAAUGGAGUUUUUUUCUAGUAAUCCUAGUGCAGAUACCCUAAACCGUGUAAGAGGUGAAGUUGGCGAGAUACGUACUAUCAUGGUGGAGAACAUAGAGAAGAUAUUGGAAAGAGGUGACCGGAUUGAACUUCUUGUUGAUAAAACUGCAACCAUGCAAGAUGGUGCAUUUCACUUCAAGAAACAAUCCAAGCGCCUUCGUCGAGCUCUUUGGAUGAAAAAUGCCAAGCUUUUGGCACUGUUGACAUUCUUGAUUGUUCUGUUGCUGUACUUUAUAAUUGCUGCUUGCUGUGGAGGCAUCACCCUACCUUCCUGCAGAUCUUGAUUUCCAUUCUUGCUGGUUUCGAAGUUCUGCUGAGGUAUGCGACUGAUGGCUGUUUAAACGAUGUCUAUUCGUUUCUUUUUAUAGAGGUUUGGAAGGCUUCACAGUCCUCCUUCAUAAAGGGUGUUUGGAAAUUAGUAUCUUGGUCUGUGUAGGCUUCCAGAAUUAUCCUGUAGCUUCUUUUGCUGUUGUUGGGCUUGAUGUAAGUAACCAGCGCUUAUCUUUGGAAGCCUGAUAAGUGCUGUUGAAUUGUUAUGCUUCAUAUUUGUAAUUUUUUAACAAUAUGUACGAGUUCAUGGUUAAUUCAUUAUUUAGUACAAAA